AUGAUGCACUUCACCAAAUCUUCCCUUUUGGCUGCAGCGCUUCUUCUCGACUCUGGAAGUUGUCAACACCAUCCUCUAAGGAUCCCACCUGUACCAAAGAACAGCAGUCAUGUACCAAAUGACCUGCAGUCAAUCUCUAUCGAGUUUGCAUUCUUUCCAGACUAUGCAGGCAACAAGUCUCGGCCAAAUCAUUUCUCCAAGAAUUUGCUGCACAAUCUCAAGUCCAUCACCGGAGUUGCACCGAAAGUGCGAGUUGGAGGAACCUCACAGUGGGCAACCCCUUCUGGCCUUCUGGUCUUCUGUUCUUCUGGUACUGACAAGCUUCUUACAAGGGAUCACUCAACCUAUUACCCCGAGCAGGAAGACAACAUUCAGCUCAUCUAUCAGAACCCUGGCGAUGAUCAACCGAUCCAGAUCAACUACGGACCCGGCUUUUUUGAGUCCUAUCACACUCUGGGCGAGAUAAAGUACUUGCAUGGACUAAACAUGAAUCAGAACACCUCCACUAAGCAACUCGAGAUUUCUACUAUGGAUGCUUGCACUGCUAUCGGAUCCCAACUGCAUCUCCUGGAGUUAGGAAACGAAUUCAACUUUGCUCCUGGGAAAUACCGUGCUGCCAACUACUCGCUCCUUGAUUAUGCCAAUGAAUGGAACAGCAAGGCAGAUAUUGUGAAGGCUGCGGCGGAGAAAGCUUGUCCAGGAUCCUUCCCAGGGUUCAUGGCGCCUAGCCUUGUCUUGCUCGACUUAAUUGUCAACACUACCUGGACCGCUGAGGAAUUGUACACGCUGGGUUACGAUAAGCAUAAUCUGACUAGAGAGCUGUGCUUCCACAAUUACAUGGGAAAGAAAGAAUCCCCAGAUCCUCCUGCGCAAUUUGAUCUCCAACGUACACUGAUGAACCACACAAGCAUCGUUCAAAAUCUCCAGCAGCAGAUCCAGCGUUCGCAGAACCUGGCAUACCUCGGUCUCCCCUACACCCUCGGCGAACUGAACUCAAUUGCGAAUCAGGGCCGAAACGGAGAAACCAAUGUAUUUGGCGACGCCCUGUGGCUAGUGGAUUUCUCCCUAUGGGCAGCUGAACAUCAGGGUAUGAAACGCCUUCAUUUCCACCAAGGCCUGAAAUAUCGAUAUGCAUCAUGGCAGCCAAUGGCGAUCGAGGGCGUGCCCCCAACGACAAGACCGCCAUACUACGGCCAAAUCAUGGUCGCAAGCGCCAUUGGACACUCCCGAGACACUCGUAUCGUCAACAUUCCCCUCGCGGAAGAUACUGAGUCCGCAUAUGCGAUCUAUAACGGCGCGCGGUUAUCGAAGCUUGUUGUAACCAACCUGCGGGCCUUCAAUCAGACGAGUCGCACCCGUCCGUCCAGGAAGUAUGAAUUCACACUGCCUGAACGGUAUCAAAGCGCUAAGGUUGAGCGUCUCAUUGGUCCUGGCAGCGAUGCGGUGGGGAAUAUCACUUUCGGGGGCAUUUCGUAUGACCAUGCACUUGCUGAGGGGAAACCUGUUCGGCUGCAUGACGGGGAGAGGUCAGGGAUCAAGCAUGGCGCGUUGACGGUCAAUGUUCCCGAUUCAUCUGCCGUCCUUGUCACUCUCGAAUAG